AUGUCGUUUUUUAAUCCCGAAAUCCCUAUUAAACAAAAACUACCAUCUAAGCACCCGUGGGAACAUCGGAUUAAAGCGAAAUUUUUUGAUAGAUAUAAGUACACUCACAAUUCUGUGCAAAAUCCUUUAUAUCCUUUACCAAAAAACAAACAUGUCUUAGGCACUAAGCCCGUAAAAUUUAUAGUGAUUGGCAACAGGGUCACAAGAGAGUUUAUUUAUUGCUACCACGUGGUAAGAGCAUUGUAUAAGCAUAGGAAAAAGGAAUUUGAAGCUCCUAUCAUACGAGGUGUUACGAGUGUAGAAUGGCCUAAAGUAUGGCAUGAUUUGAAGAUGCAGUUUGGUAUUGCAGCGUAUUGUAUAGAGUCCCAAGUUGCUGUGUUGAUAAAUAACCAAUUUCUCGGAGGAGAAAAUGAGUUUAGAACGCUAAUUCAAUCAAAAUAUGUUUACCAUUAUCCUGAAUGCUUAGAUUAUUAUAAGGAAGGAAUUGAACAGUUUACCAAUUAUGUUAAGUCUAACGGAAGACCAUGUGCUUAUUUACACAUUUCUAUUAAUGAUAUACCCAUAGGACCCUUGAUAUUUAUGCUUUACGCCGAUAUAGUCCCGCUCACAUGUCAAAACUUCCUAAAACUAUGUGAAUUAAAGAAAAAUGGCUAUGCGGGGGCCCCUAUCCACCGCAUAGUACAAGACUCUUGGAUACAAUGUGGAGGAUUUACAUUAAAAAAUCCCACUGAACUGGACUGUGAAAAUUAUAUUGUUCCCCAUGAUAGACGGGGGGUACUCGCCAUGGCUAACGCUGGCAGGAAUCAAGAUUGUUCAACACAAUUUUUUGUAUUACUACAACCUGCUGAUUGGAUGACACAUAAAUACGUAGCUUUUGGUCAACUUAUUGAAGGUGAAGGCACUCUUAAAAAGAUAGAAGGUGAACCGACGUGGCACGAAUCACCAACAGCUAAAAUAACUAUUUACAAAGCAGGAGUAUUUAACGUGGAGUGCCAUUGGAGACCCAUUAACAAAACAGCUACUGAUUACAUAUCUGGACACAUUGAAGAUCUUUUUCAAAUCGGAAAACUAUUUUACGAGAUGUUAUUAGAGAAAGUGUACGCGGUAAUUGAAGAGAGAAAAGAAGAAGAAGCAGGAGAAGAAGAAGAAGAUUUUCAAGUUGACGUUGUAAUACAAAAGGAAUCAAGUGUUCGUGCAACUAAAAGUUUUAAACGCAAUAAGGAGGAUAUAGAAAAAGAACUUAUACAAAAAUCAAGCCGUUAUAUGACACCCGCUAGUUCCGAAGUAAACAAUGAUUUUGACGUGGAAGAGUACGAGAAGCAUUAUGAGGAAGAAGAAAUGUUUCCAGAGCAAUCGAUUGCUGGAAGAUAUCGCCCAGAGACGCCUGAGUCAAGCAAGGUGCUUGAACAACCCUAUUAUUUACCUCUGACAGAUGUGCCUUAUCCUGGAGAGGUUCAGUCGACCUUUAAUCUGCAAAGAUUAUUGAGAGGUGAUUACUGUCAUGAGACUGACCUAGUAUUAGAUCGUGAUGAGAGAAAAAAAAUGUUUGCUGAAAAUAAAGAAUCUAUAACUAUCCCUGAUGAUCUGCUUGAUGCUUUAUUCGAGUGCGUAGAAUCUGAGGAAGAGCCUGAAGGUUCCUUACUCUCAGAUGAUGAAACGGAAAUCCGGGAAUAUAUCAAAGAAAAUGUGGACACAACUAGUUUCGCAGGUCCUAUUAUUAAAAAAGUAGCUAAUAUACAAGAUAAAUAUGAAAUACUCCAAGAUGUAAAUGAAAGGAAAAAGAAAAAUUUAUAUACUGACGAAGAUUUGCGGUUACUAAGAGUGGCAACAAAGAAACUUCACAGUGUGCAACGCAAGAGGGUGUCAAUCAACAAAAAUACUCCUGCAGCAUCGCAUACCAAAAUCCAUAGACGUCAAACAGGAUUUGUUCGUCCAGAGCAAAUACAACAGUUAGAGGAAAUUCUUGAGGAGUUGAGGGAGAAAGACGGAACAGCAGAAAAAGAAAGCGAAGCAAUGAGGUAUGUCGGUUUAGAAAUUUCUAGACCUGGCAGAUCAAGCAACCGAUUCCAAACGGGUCACGAACAUUCAUCAGAUACUCAAAGUACAAGGAAAUCAGUCCUCUUACGCCUUUACCAAGAACUAUCGAAUGAGGAGUUGAAACCCACAUUAAAGACCUUAAGUGAGAAGUUAGAGUCACAAGAAAUAAACCAUUACCCAUACCUGACGCGGUCUGUUCUACAUACGACUCUGAAGGAAUCAGACGAGAAGUUUUUCAUCCCUCGAAACUUUAUAUCCCGACAGCAAGUAGAAGAAACUCUUGAUAUACAACAUGGAUCUAAACUUUGCCGCAAGGUGUCUUCCGACUACGCUAAUACUCUACAACAUUUUGAUGAAAGGACGAAAUCUUCUAUAAGAAGUGUGGAAUAUGCAAAAAAUCGACCAUCUAUCUCUGUAGUUGAGUACAAAAUGCUAAAUCAAAAGUAUCAAGAGCAACUAAAGGCAUCUAAGGAUCAGUUGGAAGCAAACAACAAUAAGAGUGACAGAACGAGUAUCUAG